ACACCUUUGGUACAACCAUGACUGGGAUGACUGAGAAUCUCCAUAGACAUUGCAUAGGCUUGUAUUUGCUUCAGUUCGUUGAUACCUUUAUUGUCCAGUUUGCAUCUUGUGAUUCUGACAUUUUAAUUUUAUUACAAUCCUGGAAAGUAAGGUUGAGAGGUAAUGACUAGCUCUUAAAACAAUAUGAUUGUGUGGAAAUUAGACUCUGGAUCUUAGUCCGACAGUAUCUGCUAAUGCUAUAUAAAGUGUUAGGGUUUCAAAGACGCCAAUAUAUUUUACGAUAAUAAGUUAUCUCCCUAGUCUAAAAAAAGCUGAUCAUUAAUCAAACAACAUUACUUGGUCCUAUCAUAAUCCCUGUUGGAAAUGAGACAGUGAGAUAAAUUAAAAACACAAACACCAGCCAAAGGGGGCAUUUUCCUCCAUUUCGGGCUGUCCCGUUAUAUAUCUGGGUCUUUUCAAUGUUUCUUUUUCAGGAGUUUCUUGGAAAAGAGAGCAUCUUACAUUCUUAAUUUGUCUGUGCCACUUUUCUGCCUGUUACACACCCAGGAGAGAUAAUUGAUGAAAAACAAAGGUUCCGCCGCCGUCAGACAGCAAACUCAAUCAUGUGUCGUGAUGCAUUCUUCUAAAUGGCAUUGUUUGCGCAGCUGUUCUCUAGAGCUGGCUGCACAGUUUAUUUUUGGCCCAUUUAGGAGGGGGGUAGGCAAGGGUGUUCUUUCGAUGGUGACAUGAACGAUACCAAAGAAUGAAAAUAACAGAGCUCAGGAGAUCUAAGGAAGCUUCCUGCAGAAGUCUUCUUGUGACGAAUACCAAAGGCUCCUCUUCUCUCCGGGCUUAUCCACUCAUCUCUGUCAUUACCAGACAGCCUUCAGCAGUCUCUCACUUCAUUCCUUCAGUGAGCACCUCUCGGGUUCUCUCACCACUUCCACCUUCGGGAAACAUCUGUUCAGAGACCCAAGCCAACGAAACUCACGGAAGCAGUGAAUCCGAGACAGAACAGCCCACCCUCCCCUUGAAAAAGCCUCGCCGCAGCCGGACCAUCUUCACAGAGUUGCAGUUGAUGGGACUAGAGAAGAAAUUCCAAAAGCAGAAGUAUCUGUCCACCCCAGACAGGCUGGAUCUUGCUCAGUCACUGGGCCUCACUCAACUCCAAGUGAAAACCUGGUAUCAAAAUCGCAGGAUGAAAUGGAAAAAAAUGGUCCUGAAAGGAGGGCAGGAGGCACCCACAAAGCCCAAAGGCCGCCCAAAGAAAAAUUCCAUUCCCACCUCAGAGGAAAUCGAAGCAGAAGAAAAGUUGAACAGCCAAACUCAGCCAGACGUCUUGAAGGAAAGCCAAGCAGAAGAAGACUGUGGGUUGACCAAGGAGCAGUUGAGCUCCUCUUCGGAAACGGAUGGAUCUCCUAAACACAUAGCAGAGGCAUCUACAGGGCUGACAACCUCAAGUUAAGAGCCACCUCAAGGCUCCCCCAGGGGACAAUGCAUAAACUGGAUUUCCCUGCACCUUGUGCCUUAAGAUAUCAGUUGGUGUGAUAGGUGACGGUUGGAUGAAGAGAUCCAAUGUUAACCAGGAUGAUUUCUUGACUCCCAGUGUCAAGUAUACACUUUCCCUACACGUAUCCUGGAAUGAGAAAUUCUCCCCAAAACUGCAUGCUUAAGAGAUUGGCGCUUCCAAAACAACACAAGCGACUCAACUCCUCAUGUUUCCACGAGAAGAAGCAUUUUACGGACUUCAGCAUGCUGAAGAUACUGGUUCUUUUUCUUGCCAUAAUUGGUGUUGUUGUUGUUGUUAUAAUUAUUAUUCAGAAUGCUUUAAAAUGGAUUCUAAGUGGCAACUACCAAAGAACAGGAUUCCCACUGUUGCGUUUUGUAAAUGUGCCAAUGCAAAGCAUUUUCGUGGGUCAUUCAAAAUAGGGGGAUGUCUCCCAUUAUGCUGGCCAGAGAGUGAUUUUGGUGGCAGUCAAGAGAAAUAUUAAUGAUGCUCUCGAAUUGUGAGUCUUGGGUGAGCUAAUUUUCUAAAAGAUCAUUUAAGCCACCAGGAGAGGGAGAAGAAGCAAAUGACCUAGGAAGAGCUGCCUUGACAGCAAACACAUUGAUUUGAUCAACCAUGAUCCGGGGCUGAUUUUAGCAAUUCAGUAGGCUGAAGUUGUGAUUCAGAACUAUGGCUGAUACACACAGCUCCAUACUGGCUGCUCUUUGUCCUCAUUGCACUGUAAGUAAAUUAUAUUGUUCCAUACAAUACCAGAAUCAACAUCAGAGGCUGGAAUUUUGAGGAGCGCAUCAAGUUCUCUGGAGAUGAUCAGUGGCAAAUCUGAAUGGAUACUGCCAGCCCAACUCUGCUAUUUACUCAACUUGCUUCUCUGAGUAGAAAGGCAAUAACAAGAGGGAGGUGACAUAAUAGCAGUCUCCAGUCCCCUCUAUCUAGACUGUGGUCUGGGUUUAACUUAGUAGAAGAAGGCUUGUGUGGUGGUACUGGAGACAGAGAAGUGAUCCACUUGGGCAUAAGUGUAUCCUGAAAAGAUCUUGCAUGAGAGUCUUCCACAACUGGAUCACUGCCAGACUGACAUAUUUCUUCUGGAGAACCCUUGAGCAGAUUGACAGUGCAUACAAUUUAAUGGCUUCUUUCGAUACAGAGAAUAUGACUGGAGCUCUAAAGCAAGUUUUUCCUUCAAUCAUCUGGAAUACUGUAUUACCCUGGAAAUGAAGUGGAAGUUAAUAGGAGAGCAAGCAAAACACUAGAAUAUAAUAUUUCCCCGAGGGGUAACUGUGCAAUGAAUUGUUAAGAAUUUAAGCUGCCAUAAUCAAAAGCCAGUUUAGCCUUUAUAUGUUCACCUCUGGCCAGUUUAUGUUAAGGAGCAGCAGCUAGGAGUUUCCUUCAGCCUCUGUUGCUAUCUCCUUUGUAAGUUUCUUCCAUUUUUAAAAAUGAAAUCAUCGUUUUAAACAAAGCAUCCAAAGUGUGCAUCAAAAUUGUAUUUGAAAGCUGUUUUUUUAAAAAUGUUAUUUGCUCCUACACACCAUUUGUAUUUUUAAAUGUUUGUUCCCUCAAGGUAAAGGUUUGCAAGUAUUUUUGAUGCCUUUGUGCCAAGAAUUGUAUUAAAAUGUUGGUGAUGGCAGAAGCUCCAGAGUUACUGAAUUUUUAUCUAUUUGUAAAAUGGAUGAAACAAAGAUCAGGUCAGUUCACUGGAUCUGAAAUUUGUCAGGGUAGUUUUUACUGGAAACAGCCCAAUCUCACAAGCCGUGUGAGAUUCAGGCUUGCUCACACGUUGGGAAAUGUCAUCACUUAUUCAAUUAACUAUAUUCUUCUGAGUAAUGAGUUCCAGCAAAUAGAUAUGCUAUUGUGAUGCAAUCCAGCUUUUAAAGAAAAAAAAUACCUGCGAACCAGACUGUCAGAAGAAUCAAGAGGGUUCCCACAACUGUCUGGUGCCCUUAUUUUACCAGGUUGCACAUCUGAUACACAUAAGGGAGGGGCGGGGCUUUGAUGCAGUCCUUGGGAUUGAAGUUCUUCACCCUUUGGUGGAUGGAGCCACAUUCAUACAAUUAUAACAAUAUAGAUCAAGGGUGUCCAACUUUGGCAACUUUAAAACCUGUGGACUUCAACUCCCAGAAUCCUCUACUCCAGAUCAGUUCAGGAAGAGUCUUCGGGUCCAUCUCUUUCCAUCAGUUUUGGAAGGUUCCAUUUGUUGUUGUUGUGGUUGCCAUUUCCCACCUUGGAACUGUUUCUCCUGUUUAGCAAUGCAGGUAAGGAGCACUAAACCAUUCACCCAGGAAAACAAAUCAUGAACCUGAGAGGAAAAAAAAUUGCAGGAGAGGGAUUGCGUUUUAUUUUCCAGUCCUGUGUGCCAAAGUUUAGAUAACCAUCUUGUUUCCUACAGUCUUGUUAAAGGGUGCUUUUUUUUUGCGCAGAUGCUGCAAAGAACUGUAUCAAGAUAACCUUUAUUUUUAAAUUAAAAAAUAAAAUGUGUAAA